AUGGCGACUGUCAAGAGUUUUUCUCACUCCCGACGAGAGUAUGCUUCCGCUGGACCCCGUCCAAAUCGCUACUCUAAUCAACAGGCUAAGCCGGGGAGCGACAUCUCUGACGCGUUUUCGUCUCUGGCUGGGGCUCCAAUAUUAGAACUGCCCCAGCGAUACUCUGAGCUGAAGAAGGAACUAGUCCCUGGACUCAGGGACCAAGAGGUUCUUUUGAAGAACUGGAACGAAGUCCUUGAUUGUUUAAAGCACACUAAUGCGAGGAUCAAAGAACAAGGUGGAAAGAUCAUCCCCCGGCUACUGUUUAGUGAUAUCGAGAAUGGGAGAAUCGAUCCUGACAUCUUGGAACAAGUUCGCAGCGUCGGAACUGUCAUAGUGAAAGGGGCAGUGACAAAAGAGCAAGCGCUAGGUUGGAAAGAGUCCAUCAAACGGUACGCUGCCGAUAAUCGUGAUCGAGCUCGAGGCUUUCCAAAGGAUGAUCCUCAAGUCUGGGAGUUCUAUCAUUCGCGUCCCCAAGUCUCGGCACGCACUCAUCCAGCCAUAUUGAAGACCCAAGCAUUCCUACUUACCCAAUGGAGAGCGGACGCGGACGCGGAGAUCAGCCUUGGGAACCCUAUCUCAUACUUCGAUCGUUUGAGAAUCCGCUUUCCCGGUGAUAUGACAUUUGCCUUAGGUCCUCAUAUCGAUGGUGGCUCUGUGGAGAGGUGGGAAGACAACAAAGCGUACCGAAAGUGCUUCUCGAGAAUCCUUUCUCCCAACUGGAAGUCGCAUGACGCAUUUGACGCGACGCACAGGAUUGAGGCCAAAAUGGAUAUUUACGCAGGGCCCAGUGCGUGCAAUGUUUUCCGGCCAUGGCAAGGAUGGGUCUCGAUGUCGUCAACGUCCGCCAAUGAAGGGACGCUUCAAGUCUAUCCUAACACACUUCUAUCAACAGCCUAUUUGAUUCUUCGAGCUUUCUUCUCACCCAUUCGUACCGCAUCUGAGUUUGGUGGAAAUAAGAACGGAUAUCUUGCCGCAGAGAACUGGGCACUCGAUUUGGAAUCAACAGCCUUUCCUGGCAGUGUUCCCGGUCGUGCCCAAGAACUGUCUGAUGAAACCCACCCGCACCUUGAAUUAACGGAAACAAUGACAUCCGUCCCUCCCGUUGAUCCUGGAGACCAAGUGUAUUGGCAUUGCGACACUAUCCACGCUGUAGAGUCUCAACACCGUGGAAAGGGCGAUUCGUCCGUUAUGUACAUUCCAGCUGUCCCCGUAACGGUAAACAAUGCCGAAUACCUUGCAGCCCAGCGGGCUUCGUUCAUUACUGGAUAUCGACCAUACGACUUUUCGAGCGUAGAAGGUGAGAUUGGAUUUAUAGGUCGCGGAAGUCUUCAAGAUAUCAAUGAAGGCUCGCUCUCCCGACGAGCUUAUGGGUUAGAGAAGUUUGAAGCUUUGGGGAAUGGGAAUGGGGAGGCCAAUGCGAUUGAGAAAGCCAAUGAAUGGCUAUUCGGCCCGCAUUCGUUGUGA